AGACUCGCCUGCGGAUCAGCCGGGAGCGGCCGGCAAGAAACUCGCUUGGAUUCGCGCGGAGCUGCUGGACCCUCACGUCCUUCUCCCGCUCCAAGCCAGCUUGGGGGAGAAGUUUCUCCAAGGGAAGGUACCGAACGGAUCUGGUGUCAGAGGCGACUCAGGUGCUGUAAGCUGCAAACAAUGAUCCUGUCUUAAUACUGCAGACAUUUCGUAGUGAAACUAAGGGGAACAAUUUACUGUUUCCAGGUUAACCACGUUCUCUUCAACUUUAAACCAAAAGUAGGGGGAGACAUUAAGAUUUUCAUUCUUUCUGGGUUGCCUCCUUCCUGAAGAGCCAUGGCGUUGCAGUUAAGUGGAAGAGGAUUAAUCAUACCUCUAAUUUUCUUCCUGUUAAAAUUCUCCACGGCCAUUGAAAUACCACUUUCAGUUCACCAGGUUCCAACCAUCAUAAAACAGUCAAAAGUGCAAGUUGCCUUCCCCUUUGAUGAAUAUUUUCAAAUUGAAUGUGAAGCUAAAGGAAAUCCAGAACCUACGUUUACGUGGACUAAGGACGACAAGCCUUUUGACCUCUCUGAUCCUCGAAUAAUUGUAUCUAACAACUCAGGAACAUUCAAGAUCCCAAAUGAGGGGCACAUAUCUCACUUUCAAGGGAAAUACCACUGCUUUGCCUCUAAUAAACUGGGAGUUGCUAUGUCAGAAGAAAUAGAAUUUAUAGUUCCAAAUGUUCCAAAAUUCCCAAAAGAAAAAAUUGACCCUCUUGAAGUGGAGGAGGGAGAUCCAAUUGUCCUCCCAUGCAACCCUCCCAAAGGCCUCCCGCCGUUACACAUUUAUUGGAUGAAUAUUGAAUUAGAACACAUCGAACAAGAUGAAAGAGUGUACAUGAGUAAAAAGGGAGAUCUGUAUUUCGCAAAUGUGGAAGAAAAAGACAGUCGGAAUGAUUACUGUUGCUUUGCUGCAUUCCCAAGAUUAAGGACGAUUGUGCAGAAAAUGCCAAUGAAACUAACAGUUAACAGUUUAAAGCAUGCUAAUGACUCCAGUUCAUCCACAGAAAUUGGUUCCAAGGCAAAUUCAAUCAAGCAAAGAAAGCCCAGACUGCUGUUGCCUCCUCCUGAGAGUGGCAGUAAAUCUUCACUUACCAUCCUCAAAGGAGAAACCCUACUGCUUGAGUGUUUUGCUGAAGGCCUACCAACUCCACAGGUUGAUUGGAACAAAAUGGGUGGUGAUUUACCAAAGGGAAGAGAAACAAAAGAAAAUUAUGGCAAGACUUUGAAGAUAGAGAAUGUCUCCUACCAGGACAAAGGAACUUAUCGCUGCACAGCCAACAAUUUCUUGGGAUCAGCCACUCAUGAUUUUCAUAUUACAGUAGAAGAGCCUCCUCGCUGGACGAAGAAACCUCAGAGUGCCGUGUAUAGCACAGGAAGCAGUGGUAUCUUGUUAUGUGAGGCUGAAGGCGAACCUGAACCCACAAUCAAGUGGAGAGUCAAUGGCUCCCCAAUUGAAAAAAAUCCAUUUGCUGGUGAUGUCAUCUCCCCAAGGGAAAUCAGUUUUACCAACCUACAACCGAAUCAUACUGCUGUGUACCAGUGUGAAGCCACGAAUGCCCAUGGAACUAUCCUUGCCAAUGCCAAUAUCGAUGUUGUAGAUGUUCGUCCAUUGAUACAAACUGAAGAUGAAGAAAAUUACGCUACAGUGGUUGGGUACAGUGCUUUCUUAUACUGCGAGUUCUUUGCUUCACCGGAGGCAAUAGUGUCCUGGCAGAAGGUAGAACAAGCAAAACCCCUUGAAGGCACACGGUACCACAUCUAUGAGAAUGGUACGUUACAGAUCAACAAAACCGCAGAAGAAGAUGCUGGCUCUUACUCUUGUUGGGUAGAAAAUGCUCAAGGAAAAACUGCAGUCACAGCCAAUUUGGAUAUUAGAAAUGCUACAAAACUUAGAAUUUCUCCGAAGAAUCCUCGUGUCCCCAGAUCACAUACAUUUGAAUUACACUGUGAAAGCAAAUGUGACUCAUAUUUGAAACACACUUUGAAGUUGUCCUGGAGUAAAGAUGGAGAAGCCUUUGAAAGUAACGGCACAGAGGAUGGCAGGAUAAUUAUUGAUGGAGCUAAUCUGACUAUAUCUAAUGUCACCUUAGAGGACAAAGGUAUUUACUCCUGUUCAGCUCAAACUGCUCUAGAUAGCGUUGCUGAUAUAACUCAAGUAACCAUCCUUGAUGUUCCGGAUCCACCAGAAAAUCUUCACUUGUCUGAAAGACAGAACAGGAGUGUUCGGCUGACGUGGGAAGCUGGAGAUGACCACAACAGCAAUAUUAGCGAGUAUAUUGUAGAAUUUGAAGGAAACAAAGAGGAACCUGGAAGAUGGGAGGAAUUGACUAGAGUCCAAGGCAAGGAAGCAACAGUGAUGUUAUCUUUGGCUCCAUAUGUGAGGUACCAGUUCAGGGUCAUAGCCGUGAAUGAGGUAGGGAGAAGCCGACCCAGCCAGCCAUCAGACCAUCACGAAACACCUCCGGCAGCUCCAGACAAGAAUCCACAAAAUAUAAGAGUUCAAGCCUCUCAACCCAAGGAAAUGAUUAUAAAAUGGGAGCCUUUGAAAUCCAUGGAGCAGAAUGGACCGGGACUGGAGUACAGAGUGACCUGGAAGCCACAGGGGGCCCCCGGGGAGUGGGAAGAAGAAACAGUCACAAACCACACCUUGCGGGUGAUGACUCCUACAGUCUAUGCUCCUUAUGAUGUCCAAGUCCAAGCCAUCAAUCACCUCGGCUCUGGCCCUGAGCCUCAGUCAGUGAUCCUCUAUUCUGGAGAAGACUAUCCUGAUACAGCUCCAGUGAUCCAUGGGGUGGACGUUAUAAACAGCACAUUAGUUAAAGUUACCUGGUCUUCAAUUCCAAAGGAGAGAGUACAUGGACAUCUGAAAGGAUAUCAGAUAAAUUGGUGGAAAACAAAAAGUCUGUUGGAUGGAAGAACACAUCCCAAAGAAGUAAACAUUCUGAGAUUUUCAGGACAAAGAAGCUCUGGAAUGGUUCCUUCCUUAGAUGCCUUUAGUGAAUUUCACUUAACAGUCUUAGCCUAUAAUUCCAAAGGAGCUGGUCCAGAAAGUGAGCCUUAUAUAUUUCAAACACCAGAAGGAGUACCUGAACAGCCAGCUUUUCUCAAGGUCAUCAAAGUUGAUAAAGACACUGCCACUUUAUCCUGGGGACUACCUAAGAAAUUGAAUGGAAACUUAAUUGGCUAUCUGUUACAGUACCAGAUAAUAAAUGACACCUACGAGAUUGGAGAACUAAAUGAUAUCAACAUUACAACUCCAUCAAAGGCCAGCUGGCAUCUCUCAAACCUCAAUGCAACUACCAAGUACAAAUUCUACUUGAGGGCUUGCACUUCAAAGGGCUGUGGAAAACCAAUCACCGAGGAGAGUGCUACAUUAGGAGAAGGGAGUAAAAGUAUUGGGAAGAUAUCAGAAGGAGUAAAUGUUACUCAAAAGAUUCACCCUGUAGAGGUAUUUGAGCCGGGAGCUGAACAUAUAGUUCGUCUAUUGACUAAGAAUUGGGUUGAUAACAAUAGCAUUUUUGAAGAUGUAAUUGAGACAAGAGGGAGAGAAUAUGCUGGUUUAUAUGAUGACAUCUCCACUCAAGGCUGGUUUAUUGGAUUGAUGUGUGCGAUUGCUCUUCUCACACUAGUAUUGUUAACUGUUUGCUUUGUGAAGAGAAACAAAGGUGGAAAGUACUCAGUGAAAGAAAAGGAAGAUUUGCAUCCAGAUCCAGAAGUUCAGUCAGUAAAAGAUGAAACCUUUGGUGAAUACAGUGACAGUGAUGAAAAACCUCUCAAAGGAAGCCUUCGGUCCCUUAACAGGGAUAUGCAGGCCACAGAAAGUGCUGACAGCUUAGUUGAGUAUGGAGAAGGCGACCACGGUCUAUUCAAUGAAGAUGGAUCAUUUAUUGGCGCUUAUACUGGAUCUAAGGAGAAAGGAUCUGUUGAAAGCAAUGGAAGUUCUACAGCAACAUUUCCACUCCGAGCAUAAACACAGCACAUGUAAACAACAUCAGUUGCUCACACCAACCUUCCAUAUUUAUCUGUUCAAGGGAGCAAGAACUUUCACAUAGGAAUAGAAACAUAUUGGCAGAAGAUUUCAUCUAGAAUUCGAACAUCCUGCUAUCAUGUUGAGAAAAAUAGCACUGCCUUGAAAAAAUAAAAUACCUACACUACAGGCCUAUGUUGUUGUUGUUUUUUGUUUUUUUCAGGUGCUCAAAAUGCAGAACACAAAACAAAUCUUGUAUUUAGAUUCACCUCAACUGAAUCCAAAGUAUCCAUUCCCUGUCCUCCAUAUUUGCCUGGUUUUACUAUUCACUGUGUUUGCAUAGAUGUUGCUACCUUGUGGGUUUUUCUCUGUAUGCACAUGUGUAUUCAGUCUCUGAGAACUAUCUUACAAGAUGGUAAGCAAACUGGUUAUUUAAAAUGUAAAGAGGAAUAUGAAUGUCUUAUUGAAACAGUUCAUUGAAUAUAUACAGUCUAAAGUUAUUAUUUAAAUUUUUAGUAGCAGAAGUCUUUAGUGAACAAUCGACUAGUAUUUAUUGUGCUCCUAACUAUUUGCCCAGAGAUGGUCAUGGUUAAAGAGAAUUCUGACUUUGUCAGUUUCAACAUGAAUUUGUUAUUUCUAUCAGUUAUGACAUCUACAAACACCUUUGUGUUUGUUUUUUUCUUGGACUAAAUUCAGCUGCAAAGGAAGCGGUGGUCAGAGGGGUAUCUUAUGAAAGAAUGGGCACAAGGUGUCCUAAUGCUGGAGUCUAAUGGCUGUGUCUAUUUAAUAUCUCCGUUUCUAAAUUGACUGCGUUUACCUGUUUUCUAUGUUUAUAUAAUGGUAUGCUUGCUUAUAUUUCAUGAAUGCAUUGUACAUAUUGUGUUAAUAUUUACACAAUUUAAAAUAUAGAUGUGUUUUAUUUUGAAGUGAGAAAAAGAGCAUUAACAGUCAUGUCUGUACAGCUAGAGUAUAUAGUAAGAUACCAUUUUUCAUCAUUUCAGAGCUACGACCAAUAAUAACAUGAGGUUCCAAAACUGAAGAUUUUGUGUAAAGCAUUUGGAUUUUGUUCUUAUAUUGCUUUUUCCAACAGUCUCAAAAUAAAAUAUCAUAUAAAUAUUGAGGGAGAUGUUUUCAUAUUUUUCAAAAUAAAUUUUUGUUGUCAAGUGUACUCCUACCCCAGACCCAAAAAAGAAAAACUGUUUACAGUAGAAAUUCCUAUACAUAUGUUUGCCUAUAUCACAUUUUAAACAUCUUCAGAGUGGGAUCUUUUUCUAUGUUCUCCUUCUGUCAAAGUCAGUACAAAUUCAGGGAAUUUAUUUCCUGGCAUGUGGGAUACUAGUCCUUCUAAAAUUGUACAUGAAAAUGGUUUAGAAAUAAACCAUUAUUUCUAAACUGUGCAUGCAUGUCAGUAAAAUUCAAUGUUCAACUUCUCAUUUUCUGGAAACAUUUUUUAACUUUACCAUGAAAUUCUUAGUUAUGUUUAAGUGAAAUUGACUCACAGAUUUUACUUUAUUUUUUGAAUUGUAGCUAUGGGCAUAUAUUGUUAAUUCCUUAAUUUGAUUUAUGUAGCCCACUAUAUUUCUUGUGGACCAAAAUUAGGGAUGUUUAUAACGGUCCAGGCAAUAAUCCACAUGGGAUGUCUAAUUGUCAUUUUAAACCUGUGUGUCCUCCAAAAUGCAGAGACAGCAAAAGAAUGUCUUAUUUAAAACAAUACUUCACGGGCUCAAGAUUUGACCACAUUCCCCAAGUGGGAAUUUCUGAAAGGGGAAAGCGUCUUGGUCCUCACCCUGUGUGAGUACCAGGAACCACACAUCUGUUAGUGUACCUUGAGCUUCAUCCCCAUCUGAUUUCUAAGGCACAACUUUUCUGGAGGAGGAAUCAUCAGGUUUUGACUUAUCUGGGAGGAAUUUCUGGCACUCGGCUACUGAUGAGGCCAAGGUUGGGACUGUUGAGUUUAGUUCUGCUAUUAUUCUAGUUCCUUUUCUUUGCCAUCAGCUAAAAAGCUUUUAAGAGAAGCAUGCAGGUUGGAAGUAAUCUCAAAAAAGCAUUAGGAGUAGAUUUAUUUUGAACUUAAUAAUCUUCAAGUUAGAAGUUAACAUAAAUAAUGAAAUGUUUGCUUUUCCUGGAUCUUAAAGUUCUCGUUUAGCUGAGUAAUAAGAAUGUUCCUGCUUAUCUUUUCUGAAUGGCCAAAACUUAUGGAUAUGAAAAACGAGACUGCAUUAUGACUGCCUUUUGCUAUCCCUCUCUAUUACCUUUUCUCAAGACCGUUUGGCUUCUACUGGGAAUCAUCAGCACAGAAGGAAUAGGUCCAUGACUGACUUUCUCUAGUCUACUGUCAAUAUUAUUUUAAUGUAAUAGAUUGUAUAUAAUCUCAAAGAUUGUUGAUGGGGAUGAGUCCCUAGGGAGCUGUCCAAGGGUUGGGAAAACCCAAGUUCUCUUCCUGGUUCCAGCACUGAUUUUGUACAUAAAUAGGCAAGUUGCUUGACCCCUUUGCUUCAAACUGUCUCAGCUAUAAAGUGCUAAUGAUUAUCUCAGUUACCUUAUCUUUGUCACAGGGUGUUUUUUUAAUGAAAAGAAAUUGAAAGUGAUAAAAGUUAAGAUGCCUUUUAACUUCAUAAACAAACCUUUAAUCUAAAGAUGUAUCAAAAAGUCACCCCAUGCGUACCAAGUCAACUUUUUUCCUGUGAGCACAUAAAUAUAUUUUUAUAGAAAAAAAAAUCUACAGGAAAUAAAAUUAAUCUACUGUUCAAUGAGCAGUAUGAUUUGCACAUGCCAUCAAAAAUGAUUAAUCAGAGGAAAGUUAAGCAGGGUCUUUGCUAUACAAAAGUGUUUUUCACUAAUUUUGCAUGUGUAUUUAUAAGAAAUGUGAAUUUGGUGGAUUUAUUCUAUUGGUAUAAAGGCAUCUGAUAUUUUAGAUGUACCCAUGUUUAUAAAAGUGUAAAGCACAAUGAAAUUAUGCUGGAAGUCUCAAAUAAUAUUUUUUCCUAUUUUAUAUUCAUGGAAGAGAUGAGCUAAAGAGAGAACAAUAAUGAGAAAUGUUGGUGUGUUUUUCUAAGCAUUUAAAACAUAAUUGCCAGUUGAAACCCUAAAAAUGUUUACAUGCCAUUAAGAUAUGAUUCUUGUAACGAUUUUAAAUUGAUUAUAAAGGGAUUGGGUUUGUAAUCCGUGGUAGUAUAUAUCCUAGUAUUCCCAUAGUGAAAUAAGUAGUGGUGAGCCAAAGCUUACUCUGUUUUGUAUCUUAAAUUGUUUGAUUACAUCAUCAAAAGAGAUAAAAGAUAUGUAGAACUGGUUUACCUGAUGACUUUUUUUUGGCUUAGAUUAAUAUUCAUAGUAGAACUUUAUUAAAAGGUGUUUGUAUUGUAGGUGGUGUUUGUAUUAUGCUUAUGAAUAUGUAUGGUUUAAAAAUAUUUUCGUUAUACAUGAAAUUCGACUUUCCAAAUAAAAGUUCGACUUCAUGUACUCUAAAAAUGUUUGUAUCCUUUUCUAUCCAGAUGAGAAGAAUCAGAAUUUACAUAUCAACCUUAUCUUCAGUUGCCUCUGAUCCUGGAAUAUCUGUAAAUGUAGUACA